AUGAGCGAAGAACAAUUGAAUAGACUACAAAAGCCGAAUGGUACAAGAACAGCUCGUUCUAUUAUACGUGCCUGUUAUCCACUGCAUGCUCGAAUGGAUGCUCUUGAAGAAGGUAUUGAUGAUGAUCUUCGACAAGCUGUUCAUGAUUACGUUAACAUGUUUCAUGGUAUGGAAAGUCUGACGGGAGGAAAAAUUAAUGAAAGUAUUAACAAUGUUUUUCGUAGUGCCAAAACUCAGCAAAAACAAGAUGGAAAAAAUGAAUCUCAACAAUCAACUUCCAAUAAUUCAAAACUCUCGACAAGUUCAGAUUCAUUAUCAAGACCUAUUGAAAAAGUAGAUUUAGCUGCGACUUUAGUCGCGCUGAAAAAUCGUCAUUCUUUAUCAGCAGUCUGCAUCAACGAUAUAUGUUCACUAUUGUGUGUUUUAAAUGUGCCUGGUGCUCCUCGUAGUUGGUUUCAAAUCAAAAAAGCACUUGAUAAAUCAUGUGCAUCUACUCUUGAUCGAACAGUGUGGUGGAUAUGUCCAAAUUGCAAAAAGGUCUCUGAUAACAAGUUCACUUGCUCAAAUGCUAAUUGUAGCUGGCGUUUUGUACCCCCUGCAUCAAUGCCAAAUUAUUUUUAUACUUUUAAUAUUCGUGAUCAACUUUCUUCAAUAUUAGCUACUACAGCAGAUAUGUAUUUACAAAAACGUACAAACGUUACACCACAUUCAAUUUUAACAAUGAAAGAUAUUGUUGAUGGUAACUAUUAUCGAAAACUACUUGAUGAAGAAUCUGACGACAUUUUAACUCUAACUAUGAGUACAGACGGAAUACAACCAUUUAAAAGUACAGAAAAGUCAAUAUGGCCUGUAACUUUUAUAAUUAAUGAAAUUAAACGUAAAAAGCGAUUCACCUUCCAAAACUUAAUACUUGGUGGAGUCUGGCCUGGUCCUGCAAAACCAAAGCGGUUUGAAAUGUCGGCUGUGUUGGAAACAAUUAUUCUACAACUUAAGGAGUUGGAGAAAGGGUCUUAUUUUGAAUGCUGUUCAGAUGCAGGCUACGUUUCACGAUUUUUAAAAGUUUUUUUAAUUUGUGCAUGUAUGGAUAAACCAGCACAAGCAUUGGUACAAAAUUUACCCGAACCAACUGCAAAAUUUGGAUGCGGAAGAUGUGAAAUUCGUGAACUAAAUGAUAUUGAAAUAGAAAAAAUUAAUCGUCAUUCACUUGAUCGCAAAGGUAAGCGUCAACUCAAGCAAAAAUUAAUCAAAAAUAAGGAGUCUGAACAUGGAAUCCUCGGUCCUUGUGUGCUUCGUCAAUUGAAAUAUUUUGACGUUGGAUUCAGUUUUGUAUCAGAUAAUCUACACAACGUGUAUCAAGGUGUAACUAGGAAGUUAUUGUCUCUUUGGCUUCGUGCUGAUUAUAAAAGAGAAGAUUGGUCGUGUUUUAAUCAUAUCCAUCAACUGUCAUCAAUGCUUCAAUCGUUUCGUUUUCCUUCAACAACUGGUCGACGACCACGUUCACUACUUAAAUUCAAAAAGUUUAAAGCCAGUGAAUUAAGGAUGGUCCUUCUUUUUGGAUUUGUGGUCUUUAAAAAGGUCUUAAAAGCUAAAUAUUACGAUCAUUUUCUGAAAUUAGUAGUAGCUAUUCAUUUUUCGGAGCACCGAACUAUAAACAUGGUCAUGGUCGAUAACGUAAAAAGUCUUCUUCAUGAGUUUCUCAUUGAAUAUCCAAAACUCUACACGGCUCGACAUAAUCAACAAGUUAUACAUUCCCUUAAUCAUAUUGGACAAACUGUUAAUGAUUACGGUCCAUUGACUUCUUACUCUACAUUUCACUUUGAAAAUAUUUUAGGUGAUAUCUUGAUUUUUUCCUACCAAUCUUUUAAAUAUGGUUUCAUUGAUAUUUAGGAAUAAUAAUGCGAACUAUCAAAGCUACUCGUCGAGAAGAAAUCGAAAUGAUUGGAAGUUUAAAUAUAUUCAGACGUGCAUGCUUAGGGGUCAUCCAUGAAAGACACGUGGGUGAACGGAUAUACUUAGCUCGCAUUGAUCGUAGUAUCAUACUUGAAAGCUUAAUUCAAGUUUCAAGCUUGAAUCAUAUGUGUUUCCAUGCCACUCACAUCAUUAGACGCAAUUUUCAGGAUUACUGUUUAUUCAUAUAUGAGUUAGUAGGUUUUUUCUGAAAUUCUUUUUAUAUCAGAUGUCAAAGGAGCGAGGCACUUAUAUAGAAUUUUAAAAAAGAACAUUUAUCGAAGCAGGCGCUGGAAUUAACGCCAAAAGUUGCGUUAAAAGAUAAACUAACAAAGUUUCAUGAAGCGAAAUUCGCGAACUUUCGUUAAAUUUCGAGAAUUCGUGAAAACGCGUUAGACUUUUCACGCUGUUUCACGCGUGAUUGUCUUUUUAACGAUAACUAACUCGUUACAUGUCGUUAAACAUUUGAUCCUUUUUCACGUGUGAAGAUAUUUAACGAUGUUUCUUGAGUUUUUUUUUGUUUUUAACGAAUCUUACCGUAUGAACUAUCGUUAAAUAUUUCAUUUGUUUUCACGCGUGAAAAAACAAAACUCGACUCUUACCUGAACGUCCUUAAUGGAAGACCUUUUACAACUUCAUGAUUCAACAAUGAAUAUUCAACUUAAAAACCACAUUGAAAAUAUGAUGUUUGGUCGUGGCUAUUAUAGAUCAUCAUUAAGUGUGCCUCAGACUAUGCAUUCAAUACCGUCCAAUAACAGAAUCUCCACUUUAUUCUCGAACGAAAAUCUUCAGUUUUAUGGGACAAUCAAGAUGGGACGUGUUCGUUAUACAACUGCAGACUACUCAAAAUCAAAGGCAGCUGAUGAUUCUGCAGUUCUAUUCAGAAUUCAAGAUGCAAUUCAUUUUGGUUUAAUAACUGCCAUAUUUAUUGCUACAGAUGAUGAAAUUUUACUGGAACUUUGGCCGCUUUCUGAUGUCAAAAACUUAUCAAUAGUUACAAACGGUCAAAGAAUCGAUAUAACAUCAAUUCAAGAAGGACAAUUGCAUAAAAACAAUAACUAUUAUUAUGUACCAGUAAAUGAUAUCAUUGAAAAAUGCGUCUACUGGAAAAAAAACUCUAGCACAGUUUGUUUUUUUCGCUAUCCCAAUCUUGAAGAAUCCUCAUGAUAUAUAAAAAAAGCUUAUUUUUACCAUUCCAGAUUAAGCCUAAACAUUCAACUCAUAGUACGAUGGCUACUUAACAACUACUGACUCAAAACUUCAAUGUACUAUUUAACGACGAUUAAUACGAUAUGAUUCGUUAAAAUUAAACGAACUCAAGUAACACCAUUAAACAUCUUCAAGCGCCAAAAAGAAUGAAAUAUUUAACGAUGGUUAACACGGUAAGCUUCGUUAAAAAUAAAAAAUUCAAAUGAUAUCGUUAACUAUUUUCACAUGCGUAGACGAUGGCAACUUUUUAACGAUAGAUAACAAGACAAAGUUCGUUAAAAUGAAAAAAAACGCAAGAAAGUUCGUUAAAAAUCUCACACUUGAAAAUGAUGGCAACUUUUUAACGAUAGAUAACACGAUUAAGUUCGUUAAAAUGAAAAAAAACGCAAGAAAGUUCGUUAAAAACUUCACGCAUGAAAACAAAUGAAAUAUUUAACGACAUGUGACGAGUUAGUGAUCGUGAAAAGCACAAUCAUGCGUGAAAAAGCGUGAAAAAUCUAACGCUUUUUCACGAUUUUCCGAAAUUUAACGGAAAUUCUAGAAGUUUUCUUCGUUAAACGUCGUUAAUUUGUCUUUUAACGCAACUUUUGGCGUUAAUUUCAAGACUCGCUUCGUUAAAUGCCUAUUUUAGUUUUACAUGGGUGAUAAUACAAAUAACAUCAUUAGAUUGUAAAAUGUAAAAUCCCCAAGACCAAUUGUCACAAUAAAUGAUUCAUCAUCAAUUUUGUCAUCUCUUGGAUCAUCAACAUAAUAACAACAAGGAUCAAGAAGAAAACCAUUGAUUAACGGAGAUUCCGGUAGCACUACUA